AUGGCGCCCUUCAGGCCCUGGCUUUGCGGCCUAGCAGCCUGGGCCCGGUUCUGUCCGAGCCCUCGGGCCCCGCUUCCCUCCCGGGCCCUCAGCAGCGGCGAAGGCGGCCCCAAGACCGAGAGGAGGAGGAGGAGGCGCACCUUUGAUGUUGCUGUAAUUGGCGCUGGGAUCGUGGGGCUGGCAUCUGCCAGGGAGCUGAGUCUGCGGCAUCCUUCUCUCGUUUUUGGUGUGUUGGAAAAGGAGAAAGAGUUAGCCGUCCAUCAAAGUGGACACAACAGUGGUGUUAUUCACAGCGGAAUCUACUAUACCCCAGGAUCACUAAAAGCGAAGCUGUGCGUGGAAGGAUCUGUGCUCUGCUAUGAGUAUUGUGACAAAAAAGGAAUCCCGUAUAAACAGUGCGGCAAGCUAAUAGUUGCAGUUGAACAGAAAGAAAUUCCCAGGCUCAAGGCUCUGUACCAGAGAGGGCUACAGAACAAUGUCCGGGGGCUGAAGCUGAUAAACUCCAAAGAAAUACAAGCAAAGGAACCUUAUUGUCGGGGCUUGAUGGCACUGGACUCUCCCUACACUGGCAUUGUCAACUACAGGCAGGUGGCCUUGGCUUAUGCUGAAGAUUUUCAGGCUUCUGGAGGUACUGUCCUGACUGAUUUUGAGGUAGAAGACAUACAGAUGGCAAAGGAAAGUCCUGCUGGAAGUGAUGAAGGGAUGAAAUAUCCAGUUGUUGUUAGAAAUUCAAAGGGAGAGGAAAUCCACUGUCGGCAUCUCAUCUCCUGUGCAGGACUUUACUCAGAUCGCCUUUCUCAGAUCAGUGGUUGCAACUCAGAGCCCCGCAUUGUCCCUUUCCGGGGUGAUUAUUUGGUGCUAAAACCAGAGAAGUGCUAUUUGGUUAGAGGAAAUAUUUAUCCGGUACGCAAUUUCCCCUUUUGUUACGUCAGUGGCAGCUGAUGGAAGCCCUCAGAUCUCUGAGGGCUUUCAUCAUGGUGAUUUGGUAUUUAAUGGAUCUUUAUUUUAUUUAUUUAUUUACUUUAUUUAUAUGCUACCUUUCUCCCAGGCCAGCACCCAAGGAAGCUUCCACAACAACACAUUAAAAUCAUUUACAGAAAUGUUUUAAAAUUUAUUUAAAAACACCCUAUUGAAACAUCAUAAAACUGAUUUAAAAUCAUAUAGCACAUAAAACAUACAUAUUAAGAACCUUCUGUGCUUAAGCAUUGAAAACUUGCUUAAAUAAAAAUGUUUUUUCUUGUUGAAGAAAGAAAAGGCAGGGAGUUGCAGAGGGUGGGAACAGCCACCAAGAAGGCUCUCUCUCUCUCUCUCAUGUCCUCACUAAGUGAGCCUGUGAUGGUGGUGAGACUGAGAGAAAGCCUUCCUCGGAUUAUCUUAAAGCUCUGUCAGGUUCAUAUGGAGAGAUAUGGCUUUUCAGAUACUCUGGACCUAUUUAUUUAUUUUAUUUAAGGAAUUUAUAUCCUGCCUUUCUCCCAAAAUGGGACUCAAGGUGAACCUAAGCCAUGUAGGGCUUUAUAGGUCAUGACUAGCACUUUGAAUAAUGCCCAAAAACAAAGUAAUAGCCAAGGUUUAGCACAUUAAACGUUGUACAGAGCGUAGAGGACAAGUUAACAGUGUUGGGACAUGCAAUUGAUAUUGCAGACUUAAACCAGUAGAACCAUAGUUUCUCCUCUCUAAAAACCUCUUGUAGUUCUCUAUGAAUACCUCUCAGCCACUCACAAAGCUAAUUCCUGUGGCUUCAUUGGAUGAAGUCAUAUGGGUAUGAUAUCUUUGGGAAAGUUGUAAUGUUGCUGUAACCUUAGUUCAGGUCAUUCUACUUAGAGCAGGCAUGCACAUUUGGGUAAAGCUUUGUUGAUAGUUUUAAGUCAUUGUUCAGAAUAUUUGUUUAUUAUUUAUUUUGUGGCGUAUUUAUGUCACACCCUUUGGGACAUCAGGCCAGUGCACAGAGAAAGUAAAAUAAACAGUUUGAAACAAUUCUAGAUUGAAAAUGAUAAUGCCACGAUAAAGCAAUCAGAUUUAAAAUGAUGAAAACACCUUAAAAGGUUAAAACACUUUAAAAACAUGUAGAUGUACAAAAUAUUAAGCCUGAAAAUCUUUAAUAAAAAUAUAUAUUUGACUUGGUGUCAAUCAAA